CUCAGCGCCCCCUCGGCCGUCCCAGGACGCUGCAGCCCGCGCGGCGCCGGCAGGAAGAGCGCGGCAUGGCUUCCGGACUUCCGACGGCCUGGCUCCGGGAACCGGUGAUCUUUGAUGACGUGACCUUGCGCUUUUCACCGGAGGAGUGGGGCCUGCUGGACUCGGAGAAGAAGUCCAUGUACAGGGAGGUGAUGCUGGAGAACUACCAGAACUGGGUCUCCGUGGAGCAUCAGCUUUCCAAGCCAGAUGUGGUGUCUCAGUUAGAGGAGGCGGAGGCGCUCUGGUCCAUGGAGAGAGGCGUGCAGGACACCUUUGCAGCGUGUCCGCAGCCGCCCGGCGCCCCCCGCCCGCCGCCGGCCGCCGCCGAGAGCCCCCUGGCGAGGAUCGAGCUGGUCGAGGUCCUGACGCUCAACCGCGAGGUCGCGCGCACCCGCAACGCCCAGAUCCGCGCGCUCUACGCCGACGGCGCGGCUGAGCCCCGACGCGCCCCGCGAGCCCGCCCCGGGGCCCCGGACCCCGAGGCCGCGCGCCAGCUGUUCCGGGGCUUCCGCUACCAGGACGCGGCGGGGCCCCGCGAGGCCCUGGCCCGGCUCCGCGAGCUCUGCCGCCGGUGGCUGCGGCCCGAGGCGCGCUCCAAGGAGCAGAUGCUGGAGCUGCUGGUGCUGGAGCAGUUCCUGGGCGCGCUGCCCGCCAAGCUGCGCCUGUGGGUGCAGUCGCAGCACCCCGAGGACUGCCAGAGCGCGGUGGCCCUGGUGGAGGACAUGGCCUGGAUCGCCCAGGAGGAUGCGCCGCCCACCCAGGACCCUGCCUGCGCUCCCGAGGACCCCACCCCGCAGGAGGAGGAGGAGGAGACCCGAGAGCACAAGGCGGCCAGGCCUGUGAAGGAGGUACCUGAGGAGCCUGUGACCUUCCUGGACGUGGCCGUAGACUUUAGCAGGGACGAGUGGGGCCUGCUGGACCUGACGCAGCGGACCCAGUACCACGACGUGAUGCUGGAGACCCUCGGGCACCUGGUCUCUGUGGGGUGGGAGGCCACGCUGGAAGGCAAAGCGCCGGCGGAGACGUCGGGUGUUCCCGAGGAAGCGUCGAUCCUGGACCCCAAAGUGGAAGAAGCGCCCAGCGACGAGGCCCCCGGAGACACCCUGCAGGCGGCGGCCCCCGGAGCCCCCGCCCCGGCCCUGAAGCCCGCCAAGCCCGCCCAAGAGGGCGCCGCGCCCGGGACGCCGCCGGCUGCGGGGCGGGGCGCGGGGCCAGCGCGCGGGGCCCCGCAGACGCCGACGGGCGGCGGGGACCGGGCCAGGCGGGCCAAGGAGCCCCGCGGAGCGGGGUUGGGGGGCGGCGGCGGGGGGCACCGGGCCGGGCGGCCCCAGGAGCCCGGCGGGGGCGGCCGCGCCCCGCUCCGGCCGCAGCAGAUCACCUUCGUGCGCGUGCACAAGGGCAGCCAGGUGUGCCGCUGCAGCGCCUGCGGGAAGGUGUUCCGCAACCCGCGCUACUUCUCGGUGCACAAGAAGAUCCACACGGGCGAGAAGCCCUACGUGUGCGGCGCCUGCGGCAAGGCCUUCGUGCAGAGCUCGUCGCUCACGCAGCACGAGCGCGUGCACACGGGCGAGCGCCCCUUCGAGUGCGCGCAGUGCGGCCGCACCUUCAACGACCGCUCGGCCAUCUCGCAGCACCUGCGCACGCACACGGGCGCCAAGCCCUACCGCUGCCCGGCCUGCGGCAAGGCCUUCCGCCAGAGCUCGCACCUCACGCGCCACCGGCGCACGCACACGGGCGAGCGGCCCUACGCCUGCGGCCAGUGCGGCAAGGCCUUCACGCAGAGCUCGCACCUCAUCGGGCACCAGAAGACGCACGGCGGCGCGGGCCUCCGGCGCAAGCGGCCGGCCUCGCAAGUGCGGGAUGAGACGUUCCUGCUGCAGGAACCCCCGCCCCAGCUCUGGUGGCGAAUUGGGGAGAUCCCCACUACACCGCUGCAGGGCCAGACCCGGGACUCACACUGGGAGAAGCCCUGUGAACAUCCCCAGUGUGGGAAGUCGUUCACCCAGACUUCCAAACUUAACGGCAUCAGCGAACAUGCAACUGGAGAAAAACCCUUCACGGCCACCGUGAUUGUUGGGGCCCACGGGACAGGCGUGGGCCGCAGCGGCCGGCGCCGCACACCGGCCGCUCCGCGGGCUGCCCCAGCGGCCUUCUCGGGGGUGUCGCGCCGCAGCGGGCGCCGCUGUCCGGCGGGCGCGGGCUCCGAGGCGGGCGCGGCCGGCGCCGUCCACCCUCCUCCGCGCGUCAGAGCCGAGGCCCGCGGGAGACGCCCUUGGUCUCCUGCCAACGGCCUGGUCCCGAAGCCCGGGGAGCAGGGCGCGGGGGCGCGGGACCCCGUCAGGAGCCGGGUCCUCAGCCGGGCGCCCCGGCAGAACCUGCAGCUCCCUGAGCGCCCGCCCGGGCGGCCCCACCCUGUCACGUCCGCCGCGCGCCGCCCGGAAGGCCGCCGGCCGGGCCCAGGGCCGGGGGGCGCGGACGCGACCCGUCCCCAGCGGGUGGGGGCGCCGACGCGCCGCCCGCGCGCCCUUCCGGGUCGGAGGCCCCGCCCAGGCAGUCGCUCCAGCGCUCCUAUUGGCCAGCGGCCAGCGCGGAGCCUCCCACUGGCCCGAAGCCAGGAGGCUGCCAUUGGGCGAGAGCUCGCGAGCGAAGGUUCCCAUUGGCCUGGCGCCGCGCGGCCCUCUGGGAGCUGUAGUCGCGGCGGCGCCGGCGCGGCCGCCAUUGUUCGGCGGGCGGAUGGAGCCCGCGCAGGGGGCGGCCGCGCCGGCCACGGCCCCGCGGCAGCCGGCGGAGCGGCCUCAGGUAACCGGCGUCACAACAAUGACGGCGACGUGGCGCCGCGGCCCCGCGGCCCCCCCGCGCCCCCGCCCGGCGCGCCCGGAGGAGAGGAGCGGCCGCCGCCUCAGCCGGGCGGGGGCAGCGCCUGCCGGGCCGUCUGGGGAGCGUCGGGCCGCCGCGGCCCGCCCCUGGGAGCGGGCCCGUCGCGAGCGGCGUCGGGCUCGGCCCUCCUGGCGGUGGCGCGGCGGGACGGCGCGGGUGACCGCCGACCUGAUGGCCGCGCCUCUUGCCCGUGCAGGCGCGGAGACCGCCUUGAGGACUGUGGGAAGGAGUGUGGAGAGGAGCCGGUGACCUUCCGGGACGUGGCUGUGGACUUCACCCAGGAGGAGUGGGGGCAGCUGGCGCCGGCCCAGAGGACGCUGUACCGGGACGUGAUGCUGGAGACCUUCGGGCACCUGCUCUCCGUGGGGCCUGAGCUGACCAAGCCCGAAGUCAUCUCCCAGCUGGAGCAAGGGGCUGAGCUCUGGGUGGUGGAGCGAGAGCUCGCCCAGGACCCCUGUUCAGGCUGGGGACCUGGAAGCCGAGUGUCACCCACACAGCGGGGCCUUCCGGAGGGGCCGCCAGCCCGUUUCUUGGCCAGGGAAGGCUGCCCCGGGGAGGCGCCCCCUGCCACCGCCAUGCGGGACGACUGGGGCGGUGAGAGCCAGGAGCGUGUCCCCAAGGAGGACCCGGACGCUUCGGGGCAGGCGGCACUGGACUUGGCUGAAGUGCCUGUUCAGGAUCGCGGCUGUGGCAGCCUCAGACUCGAGGGAGACUGUGUCCUGGGCUCCGCCCCGAGCCCGUGUCCGGAGCUCCCCCGGGGCCAGGACCUCUGUGCCGGCCACUCGCAGGCCGCAGCCCUGGAGCGCGGCUCCCGGCCAGUCAGUCAGCAGACGGUCCCUUCGGGCGGUGGCGACGGGGCCGGGGCCCUGGGUGCGGCCCUUCCCGUCCCAGAGCCCGCCCCGAGCCAGGCCCCCGACAAGCCCUACAAGUGCGCCGAGUGCGGCAAGUCCUUCAACCACAACGCGCACCUGACCGUGCACCGGCGCAUCCACACGGGCGAGCGGCCCUACGUGUGCAAGGAGUGCGGCAAGGCCUUCAGCCAGAACUCUUCGCUGGUGCAGCACGAGCGCAUCCACACCGGCCACAAGCCCUACAAGUGCGCCGAGUGCGGCAAGUCCUUCUGCCACAGCACGCACCUGACGGUGCACCGGCGCAUCCACACGGGCGAGAAGCCCUACGCCUGCGGCGACUGCGGCCGCGCCUUCAACCAGAACUCCUCGCUGGGCCGCCACCGGCGCACGCACACGGGCGAGAAGCCGUACGCCUGCAGCGUGUGCGGCAAGGCCUUCUCCCGCACCACCUGCCUCUUCCUGCACCUGCGCACGCACACGGAGGAGCGGCCCUACGAGUGCAGCCACUGCGGGAAGGGCUUCCGCCACAGCUCCUCGCUGGCGCAGCACCAGCGCAAGCAUGCCGGGGAGAAGCCCUACGAGUGCCGGCAGCGGCUGGUCUGCGAGCAGGCCGAGGCCCUGGCCGCGCGCGAGUGGGCCGAGGCCCUGGGCCGCGACCCGCCCCUGAGCCCCGAGGAACGGGCGCGCCGGAGCGAGCGGCCCUUCCGCUGCGGCCAGUGCGGCAAGUGCUUCCUGCAGAGCUCCCACCUCAUCCGGCACCAGAUCACGCACACGCGGGAGGAGGCCCCCGCUCGGGGCCGGCGGCGGGAGUCCGCCUUCGGCCGCAGCCCGCACGCGGGCCGGCGAGCGCGCCCCGGCGAGAGCCCAGCGGACGUCGCGAAGGCGGGCCAGCCGCCGGGCAGGGCCCUCGCCUUGUUCGACAUCCGCGAGAUCAUGCAGGAGAAAAACCCGGUGCACGUCAUUGGGGUGGAGGAGCCCCCCGGGGCCGCCUCGGUGCUGUUUGACAUGAGAGAGCCCUCGUAG